GCCGGCCUCAUCAGCCAACUACUACCUGGGCUGCUGCAGUCGGAGUCGGAGCAGGGCCCUGGGGAGAUGGCUGUGGACCCAGCAGUGGAGAGAUCCCAAGAGCGUGCGUGGCAUCCCCAUGUUUCAGCCAGGGCUCCCUUCCCCAGCUCCCACCCAUGGAUGUGAUGGCAGCUCCUGGUCUGUCCUGGUGUCUGUCCCUCCCUGUCUUCCUCCUGGCCCUGGCCAUCCCUCGUGGAUCCACAGCAGUGAAUGCAGACACCUCCAAGCUCACAUGCUUUUACAACUCAAAAGCCAACAUCUCCUGUGUCUGGAGCUGGGAUGGGGACCCGCAGGCCACGUCCUGCAAGAUCCACGCUCAUCCGGAUAGACGGCCUUGGAACAAAUCCUGUGAGCUGCUGCCGGUGAGCCUGGCAUUGUGGGUCUGUCACCUGAUCCUUGGAUCCCCAGAUGCUCAGAGCCUGACUGCAGCUGACAUCGUCCGCAUGAGCGUGAUGUGCUACGAAGGGGAAAGGUGGAAGACAUGGAUGACCCAGGACUUCAAGCCCUUUGAGAACCUUCGCCUGAUGGCCCCCGACUUGCUCCAAGUCACCCACGUUGGGACCCACAAAUGCAACAUAACCUGGAAAGUCUCUCAGUCUUCCCACUACAUUGAAAGUUACCUGGAGUUUGAGGCCCGGACGAGGUCCCUGGGCCAGAGCUGGGAGGAGGCCUCCGUGCUGAUCCUCAGGCAGAACCAGCAAUGGAUUUGCCUAGAGACACUCACUCCAGGCACCCUGUAUGAACUUCAAGUGCGAGUCAGGGCCCACCUAGGCAGCCACAAAGCUUGGAGUCCCUGGAGUCAGCCCCUGGCCUUCAGGACGGCAGUGGCCUCAGGGAAGCAGACUCUGCCCUUUCUUUGGUUUGGCGCCAUCAUCGUGGGCGUUACCACUGCCUUUGGCUUUAUCAUCUUGGUCUACUUGUUGGCCACCUGCCAGUACAUCGGACCAUGGCUGAAGAAGGUUCUGAAGUGCCACAUCCCAGACCCCUCGGAGUUCUUUUCCCAGCUGAAGUCAGAGCAUGGAGGAGAUUUCCAGAAGUGGCUCUCCUCGCCCUUCCCCUCCUCAUCCUUCAGCCCCAACACCCAGGCAGCCGAGAUCUCCCCGCUGGAGGUGUUGGACGGGGACGCCAAGGCCACACAGCUCCUCCUGCAGCAGCAGCAGAAGGGGCCCUCACCCUCGACCGAGACCAGCGGCCACUCGCUGACCAGCUGCUUCACCAACCAGGGUUACUUCUUCUUCCACCUCCCCGAUGCUCUGGAGAUCGAGGCCUGCCAGGUGUACUUCACCUAUGACCCCUGCACAGAAGAGACUGAGGAGGGCGGGCCCGGGGCGCCCGAGGGGCCUCUCCUCCCGCCCCUCCUGCCCCUGCCAGCGGAGGACGAUGCUUACUGCACCUUCCCCCCGGGGGAUGACCUGCUCCUCUUCUCUCUCGGUCUCCUGGGCGGCCCCGCCCCCCCCAACCCCGCCCCGGGGGGCGCUGGAGCUGGUGAAGAGAAGCUGCCCCCCUCUCGGCAGGAGGGAGCUCCCAGAGACUGGGCCCUCCAGCCCCUGGUGCCUCCCACCCCGGGAGCGCCUGACCUGGGGGAUAGCCAGCCACCCCCGGAGCAUGCCCUACGGGAAGGAAGAGGGGAGGUCCCAGCCCCUGGCCCUGGGGAGGGGGUCAGCUUCCCCUGGGCUAGUCUCCCUGGGCAAGGCCAGGUCAGGGCCCCUGCCUCCUGCCUGACCCUGAAUACUGAUGCCUACCUGUCCCUCCAAGAGCUGCAGGAUCAGGACCCGGCUUACUCAGUGUAGACGGAUGACCAGGCAGGUCGCUGCCCACUGUUGUGCCGGGCCCAGGUGAGGGCUUUUUGUCCUCAAGCCUUGUCCACUGCUGAGUCACCCAGUGUCUAGCUACCCCCUGGACAUCUCUGCCCCAAGGCCCCCCCCCACCCCCACCCAGCCCUGCACACUCAGCUGUUGACUUCCAAAACCGUCAUUGCUGCUCCCUGGUUCCGUGGCCCAAGCCAGGAACUGCAGCGGGUGGGGGCACUGGGACUCCCCUCAUCUGCAGUGGGGUCCCAUGGCUUUUGCCUCUAAAGCAUCCCUCCUCCCCAGCCCCGCAAGGACUCUUCACGGAGAGUUUUCGGGGUUCUCCAGGGAUCUUCACUGUGUCCUCCUCCCUGGGUUUCGCGCCCCAGUCCCACCCCCUCCUGCCCAUCCUCCACAGGGCAGCCAGAGUGCGCUCUCUGAACCACAAAUACAGCUCUGCUGCCCCUUGUUUAAACCCUGCCAUGGCUCCCUGCUGCCCUCACACCACUUCUUGGCCUGGCUCUUGCUCCUCCAGCAUCAUGCUGGGACAUUCCCUUCUGGAACCCUCCCAGUGGUCCUACUGAGCCACUAGCAGCUCCCUCACGCCCCCACACCUUUGCACAUGCUGUUCCCUGUACCUGCGGUGCUCUCUCCUCCCUCAUCUAGGUAGGUGACAAACCCUCUGAUGCCUCAAGGGUCUGUUCUGCUUCCCUUGAAGGGAGAUACCGCCUCCAUUAAUGUGCCCAAACUUUGAGAUUCAGUGCCCGAGGGGGUUCUCAGGGUCAUGGGAUGGCUGGACAAAGCGGCCCUGUCACUUCACCCUGCGGUGCUCUCUCCUCCCUCAUCUAGGUGACAAACCCUCUGAUGCCUCAAGGGUCUGUUCUGCUUCCCUUGAAGGGAGAUACCGCCUCCAUUAAUGUGCCCAAACUUUGAGAUUCAGUGCCCGAGGGGGUUCUCAGGGUCAUGGGAUGGCUGGACAAAGCGGCCCUGUCACUUCACCCUUGGGAUCUCUUGUGACCUCGGCAUGCUUAGCUCCUGGGUGCCUGCCACUGUGGCCCAAGUACAGUCGCAAAUCCCUGGGGAAAGUCGACACUGGCUGGAUCUUUCCAUAGCGGUUUCACAGACUCGGGAGGCCUGCUGCUGGAAAGUAAACCCCUCCUAGUGGCAGGUUCUGAGGCUGUCAGAGAGAGUCUAGGCCUUUACUGGAGGGAUCCCUAAUGCAGCUCAGGGGCUGGCACCCCCACACCCAGAAGAGCAGCUCGCUCACCGCACUUGACGGUGCGCUUGGCACCCUCAUCGUAUUCCCUGGAUGAAUUAAUGAACUAUCUGGGACCACCUUGCUUGGACUCCCUGUGCCCCGCUGCCCUCAUACAGGGGGCACCAUCCCCCUCUGAGGUCAAGACACAGAGAGGCGAAGCCCCAUGCUCACUAGGUUCCAGAAGGCCCAUUCCAGCAAGAGGCUCGUCCCCUUUCACGGCCAUCCUCCCGGCAACACAAACACAGACACACACAGCUGGCCCCUUCCUUCUCGGUGCUCACCACCCCCUCUCCACUUCUCUUCCCUCUGUCCCUGGCACAGAUCACACCCGUGAUGUCUGCCACAACCUUCCUCUCACACUAGAAGCCCCGGCGAGGAAAGGACUGUCCCGGGUCACCGAGUUGUGAGCGCGCUGUGCCUGCACUUAUAGGCCCUGCGCCUAGCUGAUUGGGUGGGUACCUGACACAAGCCCACCCAUAGGCCGACAAGCAGCUUAUGAACUGGCUCAGAACAGAAGCUCCGCCCAAUCAGGGAGGCCGGGCCUGAACUGGCCAAUCAGAUUUCUCUCAGUCUUGAGCAUUUGAACUCAGGGAAAGAGGGAGGUCCCUGGGAGCAGGUGCCUGGGGAGAAGGCGCUCAGAGAAACCUGCGGAGGAGGUCACCCCGGUUAGCAGAGGGCAUCGGGCUCUGCUACCCAGAGUCCUGCUGCCAGGGGGCCUGCUGACUGUUUGCUCAAGAUUCUUGUUUUCCUUAUGCCUGAAAUAAACUCCCCUUUCCUGAG